UUCGAGUCAGCUGGUCGAGCUAGUCGAGGCGGCCGAGCCGAUCCGCUUUGUCAGUCCGCGCGUUUCAUGGAAGGGAUUAGGGUGGACGUGACAAUGAAGUUUGCCGUGUUUGUUUCCAGCACGUGCUGCACGAUACGUGACAGCUUGUCAAGCUGCAGUCUAUAUCAAGCGUAUAAGUUGCCCCGUUGUUACAAGUAGUCAAAGGCCUAAGGAGGAAACAUGAGGAGCAGGAGCAACUCUGGCGUCCGGCUGGACUACUACCAGCGCUUGCUGUACCGCACCAUCCUGAACCAUCAGGAUCCCGUCACUGGGCUGAUCCCAUCGCAGAAAUACGAGAACCAUGCGUGGGUGCGGGACAACGUCUACUGCGUGCUCUCAGUUUGGGGACUGUCCAUGGCCUACAAGAAGAAUGCAGAGCUUGACGAAGAUCGUGCCAAGGCGUACGAGCUGGAGCAAAGCUGCGUCAAGCUUAUGCGCGGUCUGCUCAUGGCCAUGAUGAAGCAGAAGGACAAGGUCGAGCGCUUCAAGGAGAGCCAGAGCCCUGCUGACAGCCUCCACGCCAAGUACAGCUCCGUGACGGGUAGCACCUGCGUCGGUGAUGGGGAGUGGGGUCACCUCCAGUUGGACGCUACUUCCGUGUACCUAUUGGUGCUGGCGCAAAUGACAGCAUCGGGACUCCAGAUUGUGUUUAGCCUCGACGAGGUGGCAUUUGUGCAGAACUUGGUGUUUUACAUAGAGAACGCUUACUGCAUUCCAGACUAUGGCAUAUGGGAAAGGGGUGAUAAGACCAACCACGGACUUCCAGAGCUGAAUGCCAGCUCUGUGGGGGCUGCCAAGGCUGCCUUAGAGGCCUUGAAUGAACUGGACUUGUUCGGUGGCAGAGGAGGACCACCUUCGGUCAUCCACGUGCUUCCAGAUGAAGCCCAGAAGUGUGAUGCGGUGCUGAACUCAAUGUUGCCACGAGAGUCGAGCUCGAAGGAAGUGGGGGCAGCAUUGCUAACUGUGAUUGGUUUCCCAGCAUUCUCUGUCACCGACCCAGAACUAAUCGAGACAACACGCCAGGCUGUCAUAGAAAAACUGCAGGGCCACUAUGGCUGUAAGAGGUUCCUUCGGGACGGCUACAAGACUGCGAGAGAGGAUUCUCGAAGGUUGCACUACGAACCCUGGGAACUGAAAGCAUUUGACAACAUCGAGUGUGAAUGGCCUCUCUUCUUCUGCUACAUGAUCAUAGAUGCCUGCUUUCGGGGUGAUGCGGGUAUGGUGGAUGAGUAUUCUGAAAAGUUGGAACAGCUUAUGACAAGGACAGAGGAAGGUCUCAGGCAUGUACCCGAAAUGUACGGUGUGCCAGCGGACAAAGUUCAUCUAGAAUCUGAGACACCCCACAGCCAGGCCAGGGUGCCGGUCGGGCAGGUCCCAUACAUGUGGUCUCAGUCCCUCUUCAUACUGGGUCGCCUUUUGCAGGAAGGGUUCCUUGCACCUGGCGAGUUGGACCCACUGAAUCGUCGCCUGUGCUCCUUGAAACGGCCCGAAGUGGUAGUUCAGGUUGUUUUGCUAGCCGAAGAUUCCUGUCUCCAGGAAAAGCUCUCGGCUAUCUGUGAGGACAUUCAAACAGUCAGUGAAGUGUGCCCUUUUGAAGUGCAGCCCGCUCGAGUGUUGGGGGAGCUUUAUUCCUAUCUAGGCCGAAAUAGCAAGCUCGGCCUUAAGGGUCGUCCAACUAAAGAUGUGGGCCUGUUGGCCACAAGCAAGGUCUACCUGCUCCAGGAUCGACUAUUUGUCUUCUCACCACAGAACUUGGACAGUGAGGAAUUUCACUUGGUGAACGACGUAGACCUAUUUGCAGACACGAUCUGUUCGAACAUUUCUGUGCUGCGAUCACACUGGAACAUCCUUGGGCGACCAACGAUGGUUGUGACACUUCAGCAAAGACAGCUGGUGAAUGGGAAGGUUCCGCUUAGCCUGCGCCAGACGAUUAAAAAGUUGUCUAGUGGCUACCUCAAUGGCACGAGAGUCUGCUUAGGCAAGCUCGGCGAUUUCAUCAGCACUUCCUGUAUCGCCAGUCUGGACUUCUUGAGGGAUUACGAAAAUGGGAACCCCGAGAGCUUGCCAACACAAGUGCGGGACUACCUCGACCGUGAAAUGCGGCGCACAUGGCUCAAUCGUCCCGGAGCCAUCAUGCAUGACUCUUUGCGAAUGGGCAUUCCAGGUGCUCGAUCCCGAAAAUCUGGCAUCGCAGGUCUCGUGAAACGCUCGCGCUCGAUCACCAGUCGAGACAGUUUUGACCUCGAGUUCAACACGUUCAUGCCAUCGUACUCCACCACAACUGCUAUCACCCCUCGGCGCGCGUCUCUCGAAGAGCAGGUGCCGCUCCGAGCGAUGUCAGAGUUGCACCUCGACCACGUUGCCGAGUGGGAGUUGCUGACAACCCUACGUGAGACUGAUUCUCUCGAGGAGCAAGGGGACAUCCUUCACUACCUCUCCGUCCACAAGGGCCUCAACUGGGACACGGGACUUGGCCAGCCGCACUCGGUGGUCACGGUCAAGGACCUCUUUCAGGACUUCUACGAACGGACCUGCCGAGAACACAAGUGGGGGCUGGUGCGACACUUUGCGAGCUGCCUCGGGAAGCGAGUUGAGGAUCUGGCCAAGUCGGUGACGGAUCUCCUGGUUCGCCAGAAGCAGGUUACGGUCGGCAUGCCUCCACACUACGAGGAGGUCAUCACUCGGCCGUUGUCGACCAAAGAGCUGAGAAUCAUCAUCGCGCGCGCCCACCGGAAUGACCAGAGCACGGCCAUGCUGACGCAGGAGCUGCUUGCCUAUUUGGCCAUGUUCAUACGGACCGACCCACACCUGUUCCGCGAGAUGCUGAGCUUGCGCGUCGGACUCAUCAUUCAGGUCAUGGCUGCCGAGCUGGCACGCGCCACAAAGUGCUCGCUACGCGACACGGCUGACCUGCUACUCAACCUCAGCCCCUUUGAGAUGAAGUCACUCCUGCAGAACAUCCUGAGUGGCCGAGAACUGGCUGCUGUGAAGAGCAUAACGGCAGUUAGUCCGGGAAGCUUUGCCGCCAAGUGCAGUGUCGUGGAUACCUUUGUCCACGGUGACGACGAGGACGACCCACAGGUGUCAGACCGCCAGGGGCAGUGGCUGCGCCGCCGGCGCCUCGACGGUGCCCUGAACCGCGUGCCCGUCGGCUUCUACUCGUGCGUGUGGCGCGUACUGGAGCGCUGUCCCGGGGUCUGGGCCGGCGGCCAGUGCCUUCAGCAAACGCUCACCCGGGAGAUGACACCCGGGGAGCUCAAGUUUGCGCUUCGCGUCGAAGAGAUACUGAACAAGGUUCCCGAGCCCGAGUACAGACAGAUGCUGGUGGAAGCCCUCAUGGUGCUGAACCUCAUCGUCGAGAACGAAGCCGUGACAAACUUCAGCAUGCCCAUCGACAUCGAGACCAUCGUCCAGAGGGCUCACGCCCUGUUUCUCGAGGACCAGCGCGCCUGCCGAGGAAACUCCACGCUGUGCUGCGCGGGCAGUGCACCCAUCAUUGCCUGCUGUCGGACAGCGGGGCUCUGUCAGCAUUUCCUCGACAGUGCACCCAGCGGCUGCUACGGCACCAUGAUGUACCUGGUUCGCUCAGUGGCCUACACGCUCCACGACCUCCCACAAUCCGUCCUGGAGUGUCCGCUUUCGUGAGGCCCCGCUUCACUCAACGCACAAGGACGAGGCCUUAUAUAGAGAAGGUCACAGCAAGUGUUAAGUUUGUGUUUGCAGGAAUUUUCGUCUGUCCAUUUUAUGUUAUGUUAUGUUGUCACGUGCACACUGGGUGAACAAAUCCAAAGAAUAUUUUUUCCUUGC